AUGCAGUCCAAGGAUCGGCAUCCAAAGCACAACAAUGGUGAAACUGGCCUGGUUCACCAGCCUCACAGCCCUCAGAGUUCACCAGCCUCACAGCCCUCAGAGUUCACCAGCCUCACAGCCCUCAGGGUUCACCAGCCUCACAGCCCUCAGAGUUCACCAGCCUCACAGCCCUCAGGGUUCACCAGCCUCACAGCCCUCAGAGUUCACCAGCCUCACAGCCCUCAGGGUUCACCAGCCUCACAGUCCUCAGAGUUCACCAGCCUCACAGCCCUCAGAGUUCACCAACCUCACAGCCCUCAGGGUUCACCAGCCUCACAGUCCUCAGGGUUCACCAACCUCACAGCCCUCAGAGUUCACCAGCCUCACAGCCCUCAGAGUUCACCAGCCUCACAGCCCUCAGAGUUCACCAGCCUCACAGCCCUCAGGGUUCACCAGCCUCACAGCCCUCAGGGUUCACCAGCCUCACAGUCCUCAGAGUUCACCAGCCUCACAGCCCUCAGAGUUCACCAGCCUCACAGCCCUCAGGGUUCACCAGCCUCACAGCCCUCAGGGUUCACCAGCCUCACAGUCCUCAGAGUUCACCAGCCUCACAGCCCUCAGAGUUCACCAGCCUCACAGUCCUCAGAGUUCACCAGCCUCACAGUCCUCAGGGUUCACCAGCCUCACAGCCCUCAGGGUUCACCAGCCUCACAGCCCUCAGGGUUCACCAGCCUCACAGCCCUCAGGGUUCACCAGCCUCACAGCCCUCAGAGUUUACUAACACGUCUACGGUAUUUAAACGAUAAUACAGUUCUCAAGACACCAAAAGGUUAG